GAGGCGUGUGUCGUUAGAAAGUUUCGAAUGUAGUCUUCUGCAGGAAGGAGAGUAAAACUUGGAGACCAUACGGCUUACUCUGGCUGAAAUUUGAAAAGAAAACAUAAAGUCAUGUUCUCGCAGCUAACGCCUGAGGAGUCGGCUUCACGGAUGUGGACAGCAGCGGGACGCGACAGUAGCUAUGUCCUCGUAGAGCUACAAGUAUUACAGCGUGAGCAGGAAGAGCUCAAAGCUAAGUACGAGGAAAGCAAACAGGUGUUGGAGAGUUUGCAACAGCGUGAAGAGGAGUUGCACAAGAAGAUAAAGGAAAUACAGGACCUGCAUUUAAGCUUUGACAUGUAUCACAAGGAUGAGGAAGCUAAUCGAGUAAUCGAGAAAGCAGAGCAGGAGAGAAAAAGGGUGCUUCAAAAAGAGGCAGAGAUAGAGAGGCUAAAGGAGCAGUUUGCCAAACUGACUGAGGAGAAACAGGAGCUCGAGCAUCAGGUGAAGAGACACUCUGUGUACAGAGAUCUCAUGGAGCAGCUGCUCAAAAUAACUAAGUUUGAAGAUGUGGCGGCGCUCACGGAUCAUUUAGAGAGUCUCCUCCACUUCAGAUGCCAGCUCUCUGAGAGGGAGAGUAAGGCACAGGAGCAGGCUGACAAGCAGAGAAAAGCACUGCUGAAACUGGAGCAACAGCACAACCUGCUGUUGCUGCAGAGGAACAACCAGCUGUCUCAGCUCCAGACCGAGCUGGAGAAAACUUGCUCUGAAGGUCUAAUAUGGGAGAAGAAAUGGAAUAACAUACAGGAAACAGCUGCCAGGAAAACACUGAAGCUGGGACAGAUUAAGAUGUCAAUUUUAAAUCUGUAUGAAAUGACUGGUGGCCAGGUAGGAGGAGAGGAAGGUGUGGAUGUGAAUGACACUGAGAAACAGCUGGAGCAGGUCAAGCAGUUCUUCGAGGACCAGACGGACAUAGUGCAACAAUAUCGGCCUCACUCACAAAGGCGUAACAACGAUCAGGGAAAACAGAAAAGCAAAAAGCCCACAAAUAAAGAAAUGUGA